AUGAUUGACAAUCUGUUUCAAUUUGUCCAAUUAUGUUUCGUACAAGAACAAACAUUACUUAACUGUACGUCAGGUGAAAAAUUGCUUAAUUUAUUUGAUCAAGAAGAUAAUUUGGGAUUGUCGAGGUCAAUAAAUAAAUCUCAAACACCGGAAGAGAUAAUGCAAAGUUUUACAAAUCCGUCAAAUCAUAUUGUCAAACGAUAUUGUACAACAGAUGAAAUAAUAAACGAGGAAUGUAAUGAAUAUGUUAAUAGAAUAACAGCAAAUAAAACGAAACAAAAAAGUUCAAAAUGUCGCUAUAAAGCUCUCAGUGGUUUAGCUAAACAACCUAAAUCAUAUAAUAAAUUUAUUAGUAUGCAGAAGAAGUAUAUGAAACGUGUGAUGAGUAUAUUUGGUACAACAACAGUUUAG